AAAGGUUUUAAACUACCUGAAAAGCCACCUGAUCCAGGAGCAUUUGAUUCUACAGAAAUAAAUGAGACGGCUCAUUUAACGGAAAUGGACGAAUAUCUUGAAUUGCUUUAUGAAAAUAUACCCGAAAAGCUUAGAGCCUCAGCGCUUAUUCUUCAAUUAGCUCGUAAUCCAGACAAUCUAGAAGAACUAUUUCAAAAUGGUUUGAACUAA